AUGGCUGAUUAUUCUUAAUUCACUAACUACCCUGAAUCUGCUUACUUAUAUAAAAAGAACAAAGGUUUUGCUACCAAGGCUAUUCAUGCUGGAUAAGACCCUGAUUAAGUUCACGGUUCUGUCAAUGUCCCUAUACAUUUGAGCACAACCUUCGCAUAAAAGGCCCCUACUGAUUUUUAUUCCUAAUACGAAUAUGCUAGAGGUGGUACUCCCACUAGACACGCCUUUGAAGAAUGCAUCGCAGCUUGUGAAAAUGGUGAAUACGCUAUUGCCUUCUCUUCUGGUUGCGCUGCCAUGACUUGCGUCCUCCAUUCUCUUCCUAAGGAAUCCCACAUUAUUGUUUCUGAUGAUGUUUAUGGUGGUACCAACAGAUACAUGAGAAGAUUUGCAGUUGAAAAGUUCAAUUUCAAUGUUGAAUUUGUUGAUUUAACUGAUACUGAAGCCUUCAAGAAUGCCUUCAAGGAAAACACUGCUUUAGUCUGGAUUGAAACUCCCACAAAUCCCCUUAUUAAGCUUGUUGAUAUCGAAGCUCUCGUCAACAUUACCCGUGAAAAGAAGAAAGAUACUUGGGUUUUGGUAGAUAACACUUUUGCCAGUCCCUACUUGUAAAAUCCUAUGGACUUAGGUGUUGAUAUUACCCUUCACUCUGUUUCUAAGUACAUCGGUGGCCACUCUGAUGUUAUCAUGGGUGCUUUAGUUUUUAACGGAAAGGAAAUGAAGGAUAAGCUCUUCUACUCUUCAAUUUCAUUCGGUGGUUGUCCUUCUACUUUUGACUGCUAUUUAGCUGUUAGAGGUCUUAAGACACUCGAAUCUAGAAUGAAAAUUCACUGCAGAAACGCCUACUCUGUUGCUAAAUGGCUCGAAUAACACCCUUUAAUUGAAAAGGUCAUCUUCCCUGGUCUUGAAUCUCACCCUCAACACGAACUUGCUAAGAAAUAACAAAGAGGUUUUGGUGGUAUGAUUUCCUUCUUACUUAAGGGAGGAAAAGCUGAAGCCUUCAAGUUCUUGUCAUCUUGCAAGCUUGCUACUCUUGCUGAAUCUCUUGGUGGUGUUGAAACUUUAAUUGAACAUCCUGCCUCCAUGACUCAUGCUUCUGUUCCUGCUGAAGUUAGAGCUAAGUUAGGUAUUACCGAUAACUUUAUUAGAUUAUCUUGUGGUGUUGAAGAUGUUGAAGAUAUUAUGGCUGAUAUUGAUCAAGCUCUUGAAAAGGCUUGCAAAAAGGAAUAAUGA